GCCCGGCUAGCCACCACAGCGGGCUUAAUUACAGUGCUAGGGACGCUGCCCAAGGGAGCCAGGUAACGCUACCGACAGCCACCAGCGAGUGACUGUGGCCGCUUGGGAGGAUGCGCUCCGUGCAGGUCAACCCAUACUCAGACACCAUCGUCGACAACGCAAAAACACCAUCAUCCGCCUCCCGCCUCUCACGCCUCGCCGCCGGCAAGCCUGCAGUCCCCAAGAGACCGGCUGCCGACAAGACAAGCGCUGCGCCUGCGCCUCGCUCAACCUCGACAGUCCCAGGACGGCCCCUCAUCCGUGCCAGCGUCGCGCCAAAGCCCGCUGCGGUGCAAGCUCGAUCCCCGAAUCAACAACAUGUGCUUUCUGUGAGAGCUGCCGCCGCUCCGACUACGCGUUCUUCUACCACGAGGAACUCUACCGCCAUGCCGAUCGGCGACAAGCCUCGCCCGCCUCAGCUGAGCGCUGGGGCCGGAGCUGGAGUCGCAAGAGGCUCGACCCGAGCGCCCCUGACGCCCAAAGUUGCCGUACGAGGCCAGGCGGCCACGACGACGACGGCCACGACGCCCAUGGCUCGCAGAUCAGGAUCCUCGAUUACCGGCGCGCAAUCUCCCCGCAGCGAUGUCAGCUCUGUUACUGCAUCAUCAUACCUAAGUCACAGCACCACCUCGCGGUCAGGCACCAGGCAGACCCGUGCCGAAAGCACUCAUACGACGCCGAAUAGCACGCCAAAUCUCGACAAGCUCAGCGAUGGAUGGGAGACCAAGAGCAACAGGAGUAGCCGCGGGCUGGGCGUAUCGCCCCUAGCACGGACGGACAGCAUGGGCUCUAGGAAGAGCAUCGGAAACUCGUCCAACGGGCCUGGGGAUGACUCCAAGUUCUUCUACGCGAGCAGCAUUAAGCCCGCGGCUCCAACAUCACAUCCGCCCCGGCCGGCUUCUGUGGUCCAUACUAAAACUACGCCGACAUUCUUCUAUGCGAGUGAUGCCGCCAGCAAGCGAGUUACGAGCCCUCCUUCAUAUCCAAGCUCAAGCUCCCACUCGCUGAGCUCGGCGCAAGAGGGGGUUGCUACCAAAUUCUUCUAUGCCAAUGGCGCACCAGAUGUGGACGUGAGAUUGUCAGCGCGCAGCUCUGGGUCAGGCUCGACCGUAUCCAGUGGUUCUAAAGCGCCUCGCCCAAAUACCAGCGCCUCGUCUGUCGCAGGAUCUAGCACGGUACAGUUGCAUUCGAGGCCAGCAUCGCCUUCCAAGAACCUUACACACCCAACAUUACCACUACAACAACAGCAGCAUCACCAACAAUCACCGCAAUCAACACGGACCAGCGCCAUGUCUCCAACUUCUCCCGUUCGAUCCUCAGCCCACCCGUCCCCGACAUGGGCGGGCUCCGCAAGCCAGGUCGGCAAGCGGCGAGUGAGUAUCGAGGCGCCUCUGCGGCUAAAACAGGGGCAUGGCCGCGCAGGCAGUGUCCAUUCCAUAGAUGGAGUAGUCACACCCAAGAUCGCUACACCAACCAUCGCGCCACCCAUGAUUCAUGCGCCUGAGAUGACGCCGCCGCUCCUAAGCCCGGGCUUAGCGCAACUAUCGCAGCCAGUGACGAUGGCGACGAUUUUGCAAAUGGCUGAUGAGCUAGAAGAUGAAGAGGACGAGGACAGCGAAGGCGAAGACGGGGAGGGUAAACACAGUGACGAUUCGGAUUCUGAAUCCCGCAGCCAUAAGAGGCUGUCUCAGAAUUCCGAGCCCCUUGACCACCUCGUCCUAAGCGCUCGGCGUGAACGCAAAGUUCAGGAUCUCGAAAUCACCAAUGCUUCUUUAGAGGCCAUCAAUAGGACUCUCGAGAGGCAGCUGCGCAAACAAUCCGCAGAAUUGCGCCGCUUCCGCCGCUUAUCUAGGGCCGGCCGCCUUCCAACAGCCACCAACCAAGGAGUGUCUCUGUCUGUACCAGAUGCUUCGGGUGGCCUUACUGAUGUUAGUGAGAAGGAAGAGGACGCAAACGUGGAGAACCAGGAAUACGACGAUGACGAUGACGAAGAUGAAGAAGAAGAAGAGGAGGAGGAGGAUGAAGACUCGCUAGUCGACUCCGACUUAUCCAACGAAAAUGCCGCCACUGAUCCCAAAUCUACCGACGCUCAAGCAAAGGCAGAUUCGCCCAGUGCUAAACGGCGUAAACGCGAUGAGCGCCGUCUCCAACUUGAUCUCACUAAACAUCAAGAGCUCCUCCUGGACAGCCAGAAGAUGAACCAGAGUCUCAAGAAGUGUCUGAACUGGACCGACUUGCUGAUAAAGGAAGGGCAGAAAGCACUGGCUUAUCGAGUCAAGAUCGCCGACGUGGAUGCCAUGCCUGGACGUGUCUUGGCGGCUUCAUACUACGACUACGGCGAAGAAACGUCUCAGGCUGGAGACGAUACGAUAUCUACCGUUUCCGCAUCGCACUUUGGGGACGAUACCAUAUCAAUUGCGGAAUCCGAAACAUGGCCCAAGGAGGCACAAGAUCGUGACAGCGGCAUAGAAUUGCGCGCUGCGGGUCACUAGCUAUCCGACCUUUCGCAUAUAUCCGGGCGAAUAAUCUUUUACAAUCGCCUUUUUGAAAUUUCUAUAUCCGCGGCGCAGCCGCUACUUACAUCUUCACAUCGCCACUCAUUCAUAUCCAUUUUCUUCUUUCUUUUCUCUGUCCUUUUUGCUACCUACUUCUGCAACAUUUCCCUUUGGACUUCUCUACCACCCUUUUUUCUCAUUUAUAUCUGCGACAGCAUAUAUUUUUCUUUACAUCUACACUUAUAGUUAUAUCUCGGGAUAUCGGGGAUACACGGCGCUCCUUUGGAUUUCGCAUGGCGUUUACACUAUCAUAUUUCUUUUAUAUUCUUGCU